AUGCGGGCGACCUUCAAGGCUAUCCGCUUCGGGCUGAUGGUUGGCAUCGGCGGAGGUGUUCCCAGCGCUGAAGCGGACAUCCGGCUUGGAGACGUGGUAGUCAGCCAGCCGCAUAAGAUGCAUGACGGCGUGGUGCAUUACGACGUGGGGAAGACAACGCCGAGCGGAUUCGAGCGGAUUCGAGCGGACGGGGUCGCUGAACUCUCCACCGCAGGUUUCAGCGCGUCAAGGCGGGGCCCGACGUUCUCUUUGAAGCAGCGUACGACCACGUGGGAGGGCACACAUGCGACCAGUGUAGCGUCGAAAGACACGAGGUGCGGCAGCCGCGGGGAGAGCGAGGAGGAGGUGGUGGUGUACUACGGCACGAUCGCAUCGGGCAAUCAGGUGAUGCAGAGCGCUGCGGACAGAGACCGGCUCAGCGCCGAGCUCGGCGGCGUGCUCUGCUUCGAGAUGGAAGCGGCGGGCUUGAUGAACAGCUUCCCGUGCUUGGUAAUCCGCGGCAUCUGCGACUACGCUGAUUCGCACAAGAACGAGCGGUGGCAGCCGUACGCAGCGGCGACGGCGGCGGCGUGUGCCAAGGAAGUACUGUCGAUCAUACCAGCAGCGGAGAUGGUCAAGACUCAUACCGUAGAAGAGGCGAUCCGAAACACAGUUGGUUAG